CUUCGCCCACGCCUUUCCUUGCCCUCCAUCGCAACCAUGCUUUCGACGACAAGGUCUGCGGCCUCAAUGGCUCUGCGAGCCAGACCCGCGACGGCCUUGAUGCCCUUCCGCGCCGGAAGCGCGGCCUUCCUCUCCUCCAGCUCCGCCGAUAGAGCGACCAUGAAGACGCCCGCCACUAUCCCGGGCAACCCCGGCACACCCCCUCCGAUGAAGUCGGCACGACUAGAGGUGCCCUUGCCGAGCCAGGAGGGCAAGAAGGGUGCUCUGCAAUAUGCGUUGACUACCCUCGACCAAAUAGUCAACUGGGGCCGCCAGAGCUCGCUCUGGCCCAUGACGUUCGGUCUCGCAUGCUGCGCCAUCGAGAUGAUGCACUUGUCUACUCCGCGGUACGACCAGGAUCGUAUCGGUAUCAUUUUCCGUGCCUCACCUCGGCAGUCCGACGUCAUGAUUGUAGCUGGAACCCUCACAAACAAGAUGGCCCCCGCGCUCCGACAGGUCUACGACCAGAUGCCUGACCCUCGAUGGGUUAUUUCUAUGGGUAGUUGCGCAAACGGAGGAGGAUACUACCACUACAGCUACUCGGUCACAAGAGGAUGUGACAGGAUUGUACCUGUAGAUAUCUAUGUACCAGGCUGUCCGCCAACCGCCGAGGCGCUCAUGUACGGUGUUUUCCAACUGCAGAAGAAGAUGAGGCAUACCAAGAUCACCAGGAUGUGGUACAGGAAGUAGAGCAGUCUUAGUUUGGUGUGGUCAUUUGGCGGUCGUUAUAUCUGCAAGUUUGAGGGCAUAUAGCCCUCCCUGUACAAAUCUAUAUUCUAUUUGCAUAGUCUAUCAC